GGUCAUGAUGCCAACGAUCUCUUUUUUAUGUGUAUUUGUCUUGUCGAAUAACUAAUCUUUGGAGGCAAAAACUAUUUGAUCUACAUUUCUAUUCUCAGUUAGCAAUGUGGUCUCUUUCAGACACGGGAUAGUUGGGUACUGUUCAAUCUCAGAUCUCAGUCUCUACUCUCGGCAUCAACAGCAACAGUUCAAAGCGUUGGGUCGGGCCAAUCUACGCAUCAUCGUUUCUGUCAAGCCUUGCACUUGUCACCCAAUAGUCUCGAGGGUGUGGCGGCCCGGAUCGAGAUGCGGCCAAUCCUUUUCCUCAACCUUUCAGCCUCCCUUGUGACGAUUUCCUGUUACAGCGAGACAAGCAGCAGUUCUCGUUCUCUGCUGCUGCAGCCUGUCAAGGCACACAACGUUUCCAGCUUUCCGGGGCUGCACAGCGAAGCACAGCACAUCACAGUACGCAUGGUACAGGUACGGUGCACGAGUUGAAAACGUGCUUCCGAGUAAGGUGUGCGACGUAUUUCCAUCCCGAUCAUCAUGAGAGGCAAACAACAUCUACUGGAUCUCUGUUGGCUGAUUAGCCGCCAGACGUGAUCAGACCUCAGCAGACUGCCAUGACUUGUUGUACCUGUUCUCUGGAAUGCCCUUUUUUUCUCGUCAUGAGCUAGGGAACCGUACCCCAGGACCCUUCUUUGGAUGACGCUUACUUAUAGUGUUGUUCCCUUCGAAAUUAGUUAGACCAAUUCGCACUCGCAAAAUGUUCCAAUUGUUCUAGACCUUCUCCGAUUUCUUGGUUCCCCGAAUCGGGACUGACUUUGCUCUGUUGUCGCUGUUGACAGCCCGUCCCUUGGCGAUGCCGAGUAAUGGAUGACGAGUGACAUUUGAUUCUUCCGCUUAGUUAAUACAACUUCUCUACUCAGGCUGAACUUAUCAUCAAGACUGAUCAUGUUUGAAAACGACUGCCAAGAAAGGUAAUUCAUCACACGACCUUUUUCUGUUCCCAUAUGUUUGAUUCUCUACAACUCGAUAACUAACAAAAGAGCCCCAUCUCGAACCGCUAACCUCGAGCUCUAACUUAGGAUCCUGAAUUCAACCUCCCCACAUUAGCUGAGCUAAGCUCUCUCUGAUCUGAUCCUCCCUUAAGAAUCUCUCUACUUAUGAGCAUUAUUCUCUUAGUAAAUACGAUCAAUACUUUUAACGUCACCUUAAUUUCUGUCUAUCUCUAAUAGACAAAUCUGUUAUUCACCAACGGCUUCCUCCGUCUACUUGUUCCAUCAUCACAUCCCAUUCCCGUCCCAUUCCCGUCCCUUGAGCUUGAGCCUGUUAGAAACGGUUUGUCUGUGCAUAAGCUUAACGUCCCGUCCUUUCGUAUAGCUCCCCUGCUCAUGAUAGCUUCUCGUCCCCGAACAAGCUGAGAGGAACCGUGAAAGUCUAGGGCUUAUCCCACUAAUUCAAGCUCAAGCGUUUUGAGAGCCAAAGUAUUGUCGAUGUUACUCCGACCGAUCAAUGGCCUUGACGCCCCAAACUUCAGCCCUUGCAGGCGGCAACGUUUACAACGAGAGAUACAAGAAAGCCACAAGGGGGUCCCUGACGUACUAGGGACGGUUUGGAGAGGAAAUGGAGUUUUUUGCUUUGCUCUGAGUAAAGAGGCAAUUGGACAGACGACACUCGAUGCAGCGGGGAAGCUGAGGUGCUUUUUCUGACGUUGAUGCUACGUUUUGGUUUUUGCUUUCUCUUUUCUUUCUCCUCUUUUUCUGUCUACUCUUCCCUUGUUGACCCUUUUCUUUAUUGAUCUUCUCUUCUUUUUCUAAACUUCAAGCUGAUCCUAUCUUUAUCAACAUCACAUACUGGUACAUACUCACACACCCAUCAUGUCUUCCAACACCAUCUCUCAACUUCCCACUCCAGAGCAACGUGAGACUAUCACCGCCCGCUUGGAAGACCUCGUCACAGCCAUUGAGUCUCAUUCUCAAUGGACUCCCCCCAAUGUUGAUCGUGGCCUCUUCCACGUCUGGGACUUUGUCAAGAGAUCUCACUAUAUCAUGACUGAGCUUGACAACAUUGCUGCUGGUCGAAAAGUCCAGCACCCUGAACAAAUCCCCAAGAACGAAGGUGUCGCUUCUGGUUCUGAAGCUGCCCUCGCUUCCUACACCGACGUUUGCACACGUACCAUCACAAUCAACGAGAUGAUUCAAAAUCCUCGUAUGCUCGUCAUGCUCGGUCUCUCCAACGUCGACUUUGGCUCCGCUAUCCAAGAAAAAUCAGCAGCCGUCAAGGAGGCGAUCAAGAGCGCAAACUAGAUCUGAUCUACUCUAGACCUGAUACACGAAUGACGUUGUAGAGCAUGCGUCAUGCGAUGAUCGUCAGUCGUUACAGGGUUGAUCCAUGAUGGAGUAAAAGGGCGAACAUAUUUUGGUUUGACAUUGGGAAACAAUUCAUGAUUCGAAAAAGAAAAUCCAGAGAGAACAAGAACAAGCAAAAGUUUACAAUCGGGGUUCAUUCUUUGCUGGGCCAAUGGAGGUUCAACUCGAUAGUACGAGAUGCCUAGUUCAGCAGAUUGGAUCUACAGCCCAGGCAUCUGAACGAUAAAGAGAAGAAACAACGCAUCGUGACAGAUUCGUGAGUUCCCUUUUUGUAAUUGAAACGUAGAAUGAAAUGGCAUUAUCAUUCCUUAGCCAUUUAAGCCUAGCCUAGCCUAUUCAU